CUCCCUUUGCGGUUCCUGCGGGCCCCGCUGCGGCGACACCCGGAGACCCCAAGCUGCGGCGCCCGGCAUGCCGUCUUCUGUGAAGGCGCUGGGUCAAGCCAGGCCCCCGGGUGCCAGUAUGGCCCCCCAGGCCCACUGCUGCUCCCCUGCAGCUGUGCAGAGGCGGCUGCCCAUCCUGGCUUGGCUGCCGGACUACUCCCUGCAGUGGCUGAAGAUGGACUUCAUCGCUGGACUCUCGGUUGGGCUCACAGUCAUUCCCCAGGCACUGGCCUAUGCUGAGGUGGCUGGACUCCCGCCCCAGUAUGGCCUCUACUCUGCCUUCACGGGAUGCUUCGUGUAUUUCUUCUUGGGCACCUCCCGGGAUGUGACGCUGGGCCCAACGGCCAUCAUGUCCCUCCUGGUCUCCUUCUACACUUUCCACGAGCCCGCCUAUGCUGUGCUGCUGGCCUUCCUGUCUGGCUGCAUCCAGUUAGCCAUGGGCUUCCUGCGCUUGGGCUUUCUGCUGGACUUCAUCUCCUGCCCUAUCAUCAAGGGUUUCACAUCCGCUGCCACCAUCACCAUCGGCUUCGGGCAGAUCAAGAACCUCCUGGGACUGCAAGAUAUCCCGAGACAGUUUCUCCUGCAAGUGUAUCAGACCUUCCGCAAGGUCGGAGAGACCAGGGUGGGCGAUGCCGUGCUGGGGCUGGUGUGCAUGGUGCUGCUGCUGGUGCUGAAGCUGAUGCGGGACCACGUACCCCCCGUGCACCCCGAGAUGCCCCCGGGCGUGCGGCUCAGCCACGGGCUGGUUUGGACUGCCACCACAGCCCGCAACGCCCUGGUCGUCUCCUUUGCUGCCCUGGUCGCAUACUCCUUCGAGGUGACCGGAUACCAGCCUUUCAUUCUAACGGGGAAGACCACCGAGGGGCUCCCUCCAGUCCGGAUUCCGCCCUUCUCAGUGACCACGGCCAAUGGGACAGUUUCCUUCACCGAGAUGGUACAGGACAUGGGUGUUGGGCUGGCCGUGGUGCCCCUGGUGGGUCUCCUGGAGAGCAUCGCGGUGGCCAAGUCCUUCGCUUCUCAAAAUAAUUACCGCAUCGAUGCCAACCAGGAGCUGCUGGCCAUUGGCCUGACCAACGUGCUGGGCUCCCUCGUCUCUUCCUACCCGGUCACAGGCAGCUUUGGACGGACGGCUGUGAACGCCCAGUCGGGGGUGUGCACCCCAGCGGGGGGCCUGGUGACAGGAGUUCUGGUGCUGCUGUCGCUGGACUACCUGACCUCGCUGUUCUGCUACAUCCCCAAGUCGGCGCUGGCUGCCGUCAUCAUCACGGCGGUGGCUCCGCUGUUCGACACCAGGAUCUUCGGGACGCUCUGGCGCGUGAAGAGGCUGGACUUGCUGCCCCUCUGCCUGACGUUCCUGCUCUGCUUCUGGGAGGUCCAGUACGGCAUCCUGGCCGGGACCCUGGUGUCUGUGCUGAUUCUCCUGCACUCCGUGGCCAGACCCAAGAUGCAGGUGUCAGAGGGGCCGGUGCUGGUCCUGCAGCCAGCCAGCGGUCUGCACUUCCCCGCGGUGGAGGCCCUCCGGGAGGCCUUCCUCACCCGGGCCCUGGAAGCAUCCCCCCCGCGCUGCGCGGUUCUGGAGUGUACGCAUAUCUGCAGCAUCGACUACACCGUGGUGCUGGGGCUCGAGGAGCUCGUGGGGGACUUCCACAGGCACGGCGUCUCCCUCGCCUUCGUCGGCCUGCAGGUUCCUGUCCUCCGUGUCCUGCUGUCCGCUGACCUGAAGGGUGUCCAGUACUUCUCCACCCUGGAAGAGGCAGAGAAAUACUUGAGGCAAGAACCAGGGACCCAGCCCUACAACGUCAGCGAAGACUCCGUUCCGGAGCACAAGAUCGCCCUGCUGAAGGCCUGAUGGGGGCGCUGAUGGGCGUCUGAUGCCUGGGGAGUCUUGCGGAAGGUUCUGGACGCUGUGAUGCCAAAUGCUGCCCUAUAAACGCCUUGGCCCGAGGGCUCUGAGCUGGUGACCCCCGAAGGAGGAAGGAAGCCAUGCAUGCAUCGAGAUCCACAGGUGGGACUCUUUGGCUUUCUUUGGGGUGAUUGAAAAAUCACCUCCCUUCUGUUCCCUGUGCGGGAAUCUUUUUCUGAAGAACAGUUUGGAGAGAGCCUUCUAGAACGACAGACCUAUGAGAAGAAAGGGGCAGGAUUUCCAGCUGGCCCAGGGGAAGGGCCCUCACAGCCCAGCACCUUCCUGGCUACAGGGGGCGGUGGGGUUGGGCAGCUCCGAGGCGGGUUCCAGUCUGGGUGGCGGCGUCUGUCCUGCUGUGGGGAAGGAAACCGAGAUGUGCGAAAUGACUUAACGUGUCUGUGAAAGAUAAUUUUGUCGUCAGUGUCUUUUAAAUUAAAAAAGCAAGAGCUUUGGUGUUUUUGUAAAAACCGUAAAUGCUUAUUGUAAAACGUACAGGAAAUCCUCUUUUCCAUCCACUUGGGUGGCAGUCCAGGCCCCCUCCCCCCCACCCCGUCUGUACGUCAGCAUGUGGGGGUGUGUCCCCAGCUGCGUGUGGAUGGGGUCAUUGCAUACAUGGUGCUCUGUGACCCACGCUUUCAUGCAGUCCUUGCUGUGAAUGACUCAUUGUGAUAAUAA